AUGGCUAUUAAUACAGAUGCAUCAUUUGAGAGGAGUACUAGUUUAAACGAGGGUGGCGGCACAUCGGAUUUUGCGGACACUCAGAAACUUCUUGGUGUGACGGUAACAGAUGGGAAAGAGGGACUCGAAAGGAGCUGUUCGGAAUCGCGCCGGGCCAGUGUAAAGUCUUCAGGAGGGGAUCAGGUCAGUCACACAUCUGGUGGUACAGGAGAACCUCAGUCUCCCCCUCUGUCUCCAGAACCGGACGGGAACGCGCCCGAACCCCGCAGCUACAUGUGGAUCGCCUUGCUCUCCUGUUUCUGCCCAGCUGUGCCCUUUAACAUCUUCGCUAUCUACUUCUCACAUGCUUCAUGCUCCAUGAGACAGACAAAUGACUUUGAGGGAGCAAGAAGACUGGGACGACGCUCGCUGCUCUUCAGUAUUAUAGCCAUUGCUUUGGGUUUAGGUAUAAUCCUUUAUCUCGUGAUUACAGCCCAUUCAGCUAAAGGUUCAACAUGUUGUGUAUUUGGAGACAUCUUUCUGCUCACCAUGGUAGUAAACAGUGAUUCUUUGAGGGAGUGUAGCUUUCUUGACAAAUCAGGAUCGUCUUCUGUUAUGAACAAGAGAGUUGAUUGGGUGGAUUACAGAUGUAAACUGUGUCCUCAGGACUGA